AAUCUCACACCUACCAGGGCUGUUCAGAGUCGAGGAAUCGACUCGUUGGGAAUCGACCGCUCGCCAAUACCCCCGCCUCCCCCUCCCUGUGAGAAAUUGACAGCAGCUGGGUCGCCUGUGUGAGCAAAGCCGAAGGACAGACACUGCAGAAAAUAAAACUCUGCCGCUACAGUGGGCUCCCCCUUCCCCCUUCCCUUCACCGUUUGAGUGUAUAUACCAACAAAGCGACCCAGACGAGCUCUCUGACUCGGUUUACCCGCUUCUACAGCGGAGCGGUCGGGACUUUUUCCUCGCGAACUGAAACGUCGGUAGCUUAGCCGAGCUAGCGGGCUAACGCGACUAGCUGGCUUCAGCUACACAGAGGAAUUUCAAUUAUUCCGCCGACAGACAUUUAAGGAUGUCGGGGAAGGAGCAGAAUAAACAAUCCACCACCGAACGGCUGGUUAAAGCGGUGCCGUACCCUCCCACGACAGGGCUCCCCUUAAAAGAGCUGUAUGAGGACGGCAAGCCCAAAGUGGAGCUCUUGAAGAGCCACCUGGUAAAAGAGGGCCGUCUUGAGGAGGAAGCGGCCCUACGCAUCAUCAACGACGGCGCCAACAUCCUCCGCAACGAGAAGUGCAUGCUGGAGGUAGAGGCCCCUAUCACAGUGUGCGGAGAUGUCCACGGGCAGUUCUUCGACCUGAUGAAGCUCUUUGAGGUGGGCGGGUCCCCGCACAACACUCGCUAUCUAUUUCUGGGAGACUAUGUGGAUCGAGGGUAUUUUAGUAUUGAGUGUGUGCUGUACCUGUGGGCCCUGAAGAUCAAUCACCCGACCACCCUCUUCCUCCUCAGAGGCAACCACGAGUGUCGGCAUCUCACAGAGUACUUCACCUUUAAACAAGAAUGCAAGAUUAAGUACUCGGAGCGCGUGUACGACGCCUGCAUGGAGGCUUUCGACUGCCUUCCCCUGGCCGCCCUGCUCAACCAGCAGUUCCUGUGCGUGCACGGAGGCCUGUCCCCAGAGAUCACCUGCCUCGACGACAUCAGGAAGUUAGACAGGUUUAAAGAGCCGCCAGCUUUCGGGCCGAUGUGCGACCUGUUGUGGUCCGACCCAGGCGAGGACUACGGCAGCGAGAAGAGCUCCGAGCACUUCUGUCACAACAGCGUGAGAGGAUGUUCAUAUUUCUACAGUUACCCCGCAGUAUGUGACUUUCUGAUGAAUAAUAACUUGUUGUCAGUUAUAAGAGCGCAUGAAGCCCAGGACGCAGGGUAUCGAAUGUACAGAAAAAGUCAAACGACAGGCUUCCCAUCGUUAAUCACAAUCUUCUCUGCACCAAACUACUUAGAUGUGUAUAACAAUAAAGCUGCUGUGUUGAAAUAUGAGAACAAUGUCAUGAACAUCCGGCAGUUCAACUGCUCUCCUCACCCGUAUUGGCUGCCCAACUUCAUGGACGUCUUCACGUGGUCACUACCCUUCGUCGGCGAGAAAGUAACCGAGAUGCUGGUGAACGUGUUAAACAUCUGCUCGGAUGAUGAGCUCAUGUCAGAAGGAGACGACACCUGUGAAGGUGGAACCCCGGCAGUCCGCAAGGAAGUAAUCCGAAAUAAGAUACGUGCCAUUGGCAAGAUGGCCAGAGUUUUCUCUGUUCUUAGAGAGGAGAAUGAGAGCGUGUUGCAGUUAAAGGGCUUGACCCCCACUGGCACGUUGCCUUUGGGUGUGUUAUCAGGAGGCAGACAGACUCUGCAGAGCGCCACCGUAGAAGCAGAGGAAGCACGAGCUAUCCAAGGCUUCAACCCUCAACACAAGAUCCAGAGCUUCGAGGAAGCACGUGGUCUGGACCGAAUAAACGAGAGAAUGCCUCCACGCAAGGACAGCAUCCAGCCGGACGGCACUGCCAACUCCAUCAACGCAGCCAACUCCCCCGACAAGAACGGCACCAACGCGCAGGCGUAGUAACCUCCAACAGCUACCUACUGCUCUCCUUUACCCUCGUCCUUUCCUUCCUUUCUCUCUCUCUCUGUUUAUUUUUCCUAUGUCUCUCACCCUUUUUCUCUCAUGUCAUUCUCGUUUUGGUAGAGGUGAUGCCCCCUACAUGCAAAAAUCUCCUGGACGGCUUCAGGGGAGAAUCGCACAAUACCAUAAAAAGGGGCGUAGCAAAAAAAAACAUGGUUCUUAUUUAUUGAUUGAUAUAGAUAAGACAUUUAAGAUCUGUAACAGUGGGAAACUGAGAUGAAGAACUACAUGAGGAUAUUACAUGUGUAUAUAAAAUACAGAAUAUAUAUAAAUAUAUAUAUAUA